GAUGCACGCCGGGAGCUGUAGUUCUCAGGGGGCGGUGGGCCGCCCCAGACCCAGUUCGUCCGUCUCCUGGAUGGCGGCUGAGACGCGUGGCUGCCGGCCCUGGGGCUCGCUCCUCCUCGGGCUGCUCGGGCUGGUCUCGGCCGCGGCCGCCGCCUGGGACCUGACUUCGCUGCGCUGCAACUUCGGCACCUUCUGCGAAUGUGACUUCCAGCCCGACUUCCAGGGUCUGGAGUGUGACCUGGCCCAGCACCUGGCAGGCCAGCACUUGGCCAAGGCGCUGGUGGUGAAGGCACUGAAGGCCUUCGUGCGGGACCCGGCCCCCACUAAGCCGCUGGUCCUCUCCCUGCACGGCUGGACGGGCACUGGCAAGUCCUAUGUCAGCUCCCUGCUGGCACACUACCUCUUCCGGGGCGGCCUCCGCAGCCCCUAUGUGCACCACUUCUCCCCUGUCCUCCACUUCCCCCACCCCAGCCACUUGGAGCGCUACAAGAAGGACCUGAAGAGCUGGGUGCAGGGGAACCUCACCGUGUGUGGCCGCUCCCUCUUCCUCUUCGAUGAGAUGGACAAGCUGUCCCCGGGCCUGAUGGAGGUCCUGCGACCUUUCCUGGGCUCCUCCUGGGUUGUGUACGGGACCAACUAUCGGAAAGCCAUCUUCAUCUUCAUCAGCAACACCGGAGGCGAGCAGAUCAACCAGGUGGUACUAGAGGCAUGGCGUAGCCGCCGGGAGCGGGAGGACAUUCGCCUGCAGGAGCUGGAGCCGGCCGUCUCCCAGGCUGUGCUGGACAACCCGCACCACGGCUUCUGGCGCUCGGGCAUCAUGGAGGAGCAUCUCCUGGACGCCCUGGUGCCCUUCCUGCCGCUCCAGAGGCACCACGUGCGGCACUGCGUGCUCAACGAGCUGGAGCAGCUGGGCCUGGAGCCCAGGGAGGAGGCGGUCCAGGCUGUGCUGGACAGCACCACCUUCUUUCCCGAGGACGAGCAGCUCUUCUCCUCCACCGGCUGCAAGACUGUGGCUUCCCGGAUCGCCUUCUUCCUCUGACUCUGCAGGGGGCGUCCUUGCCCUUCUCCACCUGGCCGGGCCACGCAGGGACGCCCGGGCGCCUCCGCCAGAGGGACCCUGGUCCUGGGCCUCCCAGAGAGUGGGGCCCAGAGCACAAAGGAAAGAUGAGAAGGGUCAGCCAGGCCGAGACGGAGGCCCAGGGUGGGCCCUGGCCUCUUAACUGGUCUGAGGACAUCUUGGCCUUCGCCUCCUUCCCCAGGGGAGAAGUGCCGUCACCCCAGCACCUCCACGAGCCUUGACCUUGACCUCCAGUCUGAGCCUCCUUAAAAUGUGAAUUGUAACUCAGGGACUGUAGCUCCUGGCGGCUCCCUCCCUCCUCAGCCUUUACCUUGGACCAGACCAUGCCCGCCACCGCACCCCACCCCCCACGUCCCGGAAUGGUAAAGCCAGGCUGAGACUUCUCAGUCUCCGAGAACGGAGGGGCUCAGGCUGCCACUUGAGCCUAGUUUUUAACGUUUUUAAUUUUGUAACAGAAGAGAACAAAUAAACAGCCGUGGGACCAGA